UUGCAUUUCUAUCCAUCCUAGUCCUGCUGCCACCACAACUCUAACAGGUCCAGUGUUGUUGUUCAAUAUCAAUACCUGGGACUUGGUGUGUUGGGUCUCUCCAAGUCCGGGCAGACUGGGACUGGGACUGGGAGUCUUCUUCUUCUUCAUCAGGUGGUUUGGUCUUUGCUGGUCCUUUAGUUUAGCAUUCAACGGUGCACCAAAAAAUUCGCUUGGUUGGUUGGUGGGUGGGUGGGAUCCCUCAAUUCCAGGUAUUGUCGCCGUCUGCCGCAAUAUAUAUCUACUAAUUCCGACUCCCUGGGAUUCUGGUCUAAUCUUACCUACCCAUUGAAAAGAUUCAGAAUCGCCAGAGGAGUCGGGAAACAACACAGGAGGGACAUGGCCUCUCAGGAUCAUCAUGAUGAUGACGGUACUGAUGAUGCCUCAGCCGCCUCGGCGGCGGCGGCGGUCAACCCAUCCAUAGAGCAAGUUUUCAAGAACAUGGAGGUUCCUCCGUGGCGGAAGCAGAUCACCUUCAGGUCCGUCUUCACCAGCGCCGUUCUCAGCUUUGUCUUCAACGUCGUCGUCUGCAAACUCAACCUCACCACCGGUGUCAUCCCUUCCCUCAACGUCGCAGCUGGUUUGUUGGGUUUUGGUUUCGUCAAGUUCUACACCUCCCUCGUCCAAAAAUGCGGCAUGUUGAAGCAGCCCUUCACCAGACAGGAGAACACCGUCAUCCAGACCUGUGUCGUCGCAUCCUCUGGCAUUGCUUUUAGCAGUGGAACUGCAAGUUAUAUGUUGGCUAUGAGUUCGAGGGUGGCUGCUCAAGCAGAUGUUGGAAAUGCCCCCAUCAACGUCAUGAAACUCGAACUUGGAUGGAUUUAUGCAUUCCUCUUUGCUGUCAGUUUUAUUGGGCUCUUCUCAAUAGUGCCCCUCAGAAAGAUGAUGAUUAUGAAGUACAAAUUGACAUAUCCCAGCGGCACUGCAACCGCAUUCCUCAUCAACAGCUUCCACACUCCCAAAGGAGCAAAGUUGGCUGUGAAACAAGUUAGAGCUCUUUUCUACUCCUUCGGUGGUAGCUUCUUCUUUGCAUUCUUUCAAUGGUUUUUUGCAGCGGGUGAUGGUUGUGGAUUCAGUAGCUUCCCUACCUUCGGUCUAAGCGCCUUCAAGAAGAGGUUUUAUUUUGAUUUCUCAUCCGUUUACGUGGGUGCUGGGAUGAUUUGCCCAUACAUGGUCAACAUUUCACUGCUAGUUGGAGCCGUUCUCUCUUGGGGGAUAAUGUGGCCGUUGAUUGAGCAAAAGAAAGGCAGCUGGUACAGUGCCGAUCUAAAGCCAACCAGUCUUCAUGGAAUCCAAGGAUAUAGGGUAUUCUUGGGCAUUGCUACCAUGCUUGGAGAUGGUCUCUUUCAUGUGGUAUACAUGGUCGUCGUGACGACCGCAAGCUUCCUGGCUCGGAAGAGGUCGGGUCCAAAAGAUUCAUCAACAGUUAAACCGGACGAAGAUGAUGAAUCAUCUGAUUCACAGCUUGCAAACUACGACGAGAAGCGACGGAGAGAAUAUUUCUUGAAGGACCAAAUCCCAAAUUCUGGAGCCGCAGUAGGUUAUGUUGUUCUGGCAGUACUGUCUAUGAUAGUGGUACCCAUAAUCUUCCAAGGACGACUGAAAUGGUAUCACAUAUUGGUGGCAUAUCUGAUUGCUCCUGUUCUGGCCUUCUGCAAUGCCUAUGGCUGCGGUCUCACCGACUGGUCGCUUGCCUCCAACUACGGCAAAAUCUCCAUCCUCGUCUUCAGUUCUUGGGUUGGUCUUGAUCACGGUGGAGUUGUUGCUGGGCUCGCUGCCUGCGGUGUCAUGAUGAAUAUUGUGUCAACAGCUUCGGAUCUGAUGCAGGAUUUCAAGACGGGCUAUUUGACGCUUGCAUCGCCCCUCACCAUGUUUUUAAGUCAAGUCAUUGGUACUGCAAUGGGCUGUCUGAUGACCCCUGCGGUUUUCUGGUUCUUCUACAAGGCGUAUCCCCUCGGGGAUCCCGAUGGAGCUUAUCCUGCACCUUAUGGCUUGAUGUACCGUGGGAUCGCACUUCUUGGAGUCGAGGGUUUCUCUUCCCUUCCUAAGAAUUGCCUGAAAUUGUCCAUCAUGUGCUUUUUCGCUGCCAUUGCCCUCAACAUCUUGUCUGAGGUCUUGAAGCACACCGAGAAGAAAUGGAGGAUCUACAGGUUCAUUCCGAUUCCCAUGUGCAUGGCCAUCCCAUUCUACCUCGGAGGAUACUUUGCAAUCGACAUGUGCGUGGGAAGCUUGAUUCUCUUUGUGUGGGAGUGGAAGAAAAAACAGCAGGCCACAGUAUUUGGACCGGCUGUGGCAUCCGGCUUGAUUUGCGGGGAGUCUUUGUGGUCAGUUCCUGCAGCUAUACUUGCUUUGGCAGGUCUCAACGCUCCUAUUUGCAUGAAAUUUACCUCUGCUUCUGCCGCCUGAACCCUGAUCAAUUGGCGACAACUACUUACUACUCUAGAUGAAUUUGGUCAAGUUGUACAUAGUUUUUCUUUUUUCUCGUCCCCAUUCCUUUUAAUUUCUAGGUUUCCUUGCUGGGCAAGGAGAUAAGUUGAAGUUACUUUUUACUAGCUAGCUUUGGAAGCUUUAUUGACUGUGAAGAGCAGUAUACAUUCAUCUAACUAUUAGCGUUAUUGGUGACAUAAU